AAUCGCUUCGUAACAUAAGCUCGUUCUCUCCAUUCAAAGAAGAAAGCCCGUUCCGUAGAACCUCUGUAAUUUAGGGCAAGAACUAGGGCAUGGCGGAACCCAAAAGCGCCUCUGGUUCUGCCGAUUCAUACAUUGGAAGCUUCAUAAGCCUCACCUCCAAAUCCGAGAUACGCUACGAAGGAGUCCUUUUUAGCAUCAAUACUGAAGAAUCAAGCAUUGGCCUCCAAAAUGUGAGGUCGUUUGGAACUGAAGGACGGAAGAAAGAUGGCCCACAAAUUCCUCCUGGUGACAAAAUUUAUGAGUUUAUUUUAUUUCGUGGAAGUGACAUCAAGGACUUGCAAGUGAAGUCCUCUCCACCAGUGAAUGCGGUGCUGCAGAUGCAACAUGAUCCUGCUAUCAUACAGUCACAUUAUUCUCGAGCGACUCCUGUAUCUACUGGUUUGGCAUCAACUGCAAGUGGUAGUGUGACCGAUGCAGACUCCUAUGGGGAGCGCUCAACACUGCCUCCACCAUCUCUUCAGGGCUCUUUGCCUCAAUACCAGACUGGUACCAUUUUAGGGCCAUGGGUUUCUGCACCUGCACAUCUGAAUGUGCCAAUGUAUUGGCAAGGGUAUUAUGGACUUUCAAAUGGUCUUCCUCAUGUUCAGCAACAACCUGUUCCAUUUCAACCCUCACCUGGAUUAAUGGCUUCAUAUUCCCUGCAACAGCAUUUGCCAAAUCCUGAUGCUCAUGCAUCAUUCCUGACAAAGCUGCCAACAAUGUCAGACGUAACUAGUUCUCUUCCCUUGCCCAUACUCCCAAUAACUUCCUCUAGUUUACCAUGUACCAUUGCCCCUCUUCAGAUCUCCACUUCACUGUCUACUGAUUUAUCACCUGUUCUCUCUAGCAAGGCUUCUCUGUCAUCUCCCCCCACUUCAACUCUGACAUCUAAUUUACUGACAAUCUCUUCCUCGCUGUCCCCUUUGCAAGAAGUAAAUGUCAUGGUGACACCAAUUUCUAGCAAACCUAGGGCUGCUUGUCUCUCAACCUUGCCUGCACAGUCUGUGUCUCAGUCUGCAUCUUCCAUGGCAGUCUCUUCCACAUCAAGUAUUUUGUCGGAUACAGCUCCUGCUCUACCAGACCCAAUUUUACAAGUUGGGGUGCCUUUGCCAUCAACCGCCCGGAUGCUAUAUGCUGAGCAAAGAGAUAUACAGAGUGUUGUACCACCAUCACUGGAUCCUUCAUCCUUGAUUUCGCCACCUCAAAAUCAAGCGCCUUUGUUGCCUCUACCUAUACCCCGUAAUAAGCAGAUUCAACGUUCUGCAAAUGAGUUCACUGAAGAAUUUGAUUUUAUCGCUAUGAAUGACAAGUUCAAAAAAGAUGAAGUAUGGGGCCAUCUUGGCAAGGCAAAGGUAAGGGAGAAGGUUGAAGAUGAGGUGGAGCAUAAUCCUGAUGAUGGUGAUGCAGGUCCUUGUGGCCAUUACUGUAGCUCUGCUGCUGUAACUGUUUCUUCACUGCAGCCAGUGUACAUCAAAGAUGAGUUCUUUGAUUCUCUUUCAUCUAACAUAGCGAGUCGUGGGAUGUGGAAUGGAAGGACAAGGUACUCUGAACGGAUGAAACUUGAUACAGAGACUUUUGGUGAUUUCAAUCAGAAGGCCCAUUUGGGUCAUGGUGGCCGUGGUGUUGGCCAUCGUUGGGAUUCCAGGGGACCAUCUUACAGGGGAAGAGGAUAUGGUUAUGGUGGAUGGGGUCGUGGAGGAUGAAUUUAGUGAGAGAAAUACUUCGAGAGUAAUAUUUUGAAGUUGAACCGUCGUCAGUUCUUCAUUCAUUAGAGGAGUCUGCUAGCACGGGGGCCCCUGGGACAUUCAUCUUGGUACGUGAUGGAUCCUCGAUCAUUGGCUAAUUGGAAUGAAUGGUGGUUGCCCCUUUCAUCCUGUACUUCAUUGGAUUAUGGUGUAAUUUCCUAUGUUUAGAUGUUUUCUGUGUCUCAAGCACAAGCAAUGGGCAAUGCGAAUGGCCCGUGUGCAAGCGCAUAUCUGUGUUAUUGAUCUCUAACAUGUAUCCUAUAAUGUCAACUUUGUUUAUUAAAAGAAUGUGUGAUUUGCUAAUCAAAGUAUAGCGAAUAAUGUGAUCUGGGUACAGAGCAUUUAUAACGUGAAAAGUGCAGUAUUAGUUCUUGCACAUUCAUCGC